AUGAAGUCUACUAUCGCCUUCACCUCUGCCCUCCUGGCAACCCUCAACCUUGUUGCUGCUGCUCCGGCACCGGCUGCAGCGGAAACAGUGUCCGUCUCCUUCGACCCAAAAUAUGACGUUGGAACAUCAUCUCUCAAAUCCGUUUCCUGCUCCGACGGUGCCAAUGGCUUGGUCACUCAAGGCUACACCGAUUUCGCAUCGUUGCCAAGCUUCCCAAAUAUUGGCGGUGCGAUCACCAUCCCCGGCUGGAACAGCCCUAAUUGCGGCAAAUGCUACGCGCUGCACUACUCGAAUGGCAAGGUCGACAAGACAAUCAACGUCAUCGCUGUCGACACGGCCCCGGGUGGCUUCAACAUUGGCUUGCAAGCCAUGAACACUCUUACCAACGGUCAGGCGGAGCAACUUGGUCGUGUUGCCGCCACUUACGUCGAAGUCGAUGCCAAGGCGUGUGGGUUGUGA